AUUGGAGGGUCUGCCGCGGCGGCUCGCGAGCUCGGAUGUGCGAUCUGGAGGAGUGACACGUGCUGUAGAGGAAAAAAACAAAAAACAACAAAAAAAUAAAAAGUCACAUCCUGGAGUUUAAAUCUUCCUUUUAAUAUUUUUUACUGUACAUAAUUUUUAAGGUGGAAUUUUUUUCGUCUGUUUUUACUUGAACUGGGAAAGUCCACAUCUUCGGAACCAUGGGACGAGGAGAAGGACGCGAGCAGUAUGAGCUGGCUGCGACCUCGGAGCAGGGCGGCAAGAAGAAGGGGAAGGGGAAGAAGAAGGAGAAGGAUAUGGAUGAGCUGAAGAAGGAAGUGGAUAUGGAUGAUCACAAGCUGACCCUGGAUGAGCUCAACCGCAAAUAUGGAACAGACCUCAGCAACGGUUUGACAGGCGCUAAGGCUGCUGAGAUCCUGGCCCGAGAUGGACCCAACGCUCUCACUCCUCCUCCCACCACCCCAGAGUGGGUCAAGUUCUGCAAACAGAUGUUUGGUGGUUUCUCCAUGCUCCUGUGGACUGGAGCCAUCCUCUGUUUCCUGGCCUAUGGGAUCCAGGCUGCAAUGGAGGAUGAGCCUGCCAAUGAUAAUUUGUACCUGGGCGUCGUGCUCUCUGCUGUCGUCAUCAUCACUGGUUGCUUCUCGUACUACCAAGAGGCCAAGAGCUCCAAGAUCAUGGACUCCUUCAAGAACCUGGUCCCACAGCAAGCCCUGGUCGUCCGUGACGGCGAGAAGAAGCACAUCAACGCCGAGGAGGUGGUAGUCGGAGAUUUAGUGGAGGUGAAAGGUGGAGACAGGAUCCCUGCCGACCUGCGAAUCAUCUCAGCCCACGGCUGCAAGGUGGACAACUCCUCCCUCACCGGAGAGUCCGAACCCCAGACUCGUACUCCUGACUUCUCCAACGAGAACCCAUUGGAAACCAGGAACAUCGCUUUCUUCUCCACCAACUGUGUUGAAGGAACCGCUCGUGGUAUCGUCAUCAGCACCGGAGAUCGCACCGUCAUGGGUCGUAUCGCCACGCUUGCUUCUGGACUGGAAGUGGGACGUACCCCCAUCUCCAUUGAGAUCGAGCAUUUCAUCCACAUCAUCACUGGUGUCGCCGUCUUCCUCGGUGUGUCCUUCUUCGUCCUCUCCCUCAUCCUCGGGUACACCUGGCUUGAAGCUGUUAUCUUCCUCAUCGGUAUCAUCGUAGCCAACGUACCCGAGGGUCUGCUGGCCACCGUCACUGUGUGUCUGACUCUGACCGCCAAGCGCAUGGCCAAGAAGAACUGCCUGGUGAAGAACUUGGAAGCUGUGGAGACCCUGGGAUCCACCUCCACCAUCUGCUCCGACAAGACCGGCACCCUCACCCAGAACAGGAUGACCGUUGCCCACAUGUGGUUCGACAACCAGAUCCAUGAGGCUGACACCACCGAGAACCAGAGCGGGACCUCCUUCGACAGGAGCUCGGCCACAUGGGCCGCCCUGGCUAGGGUCGCCGGACUCUGCAACCGCGCCGUCUUCCUGGCCGAGCAGAGCGGUCUCCCCAUCCUGAAGAGGGACGUAGCCGGUGACGCCUCAGAGUCCGCUCUGCUGAAGUGUAUCGAGCUGUGCUGCGGAUCAGUGGCAGAAAUGAGAGAUAAAAACAGCAAGAUAUCCGAGAUCCCGUUCAACUCUACUAACAAGUACCAGCUUUCCAUUCACAAAAAUGGUAACGCCGAAGCCGAGUCCAAGCACCUUCUGGUGAUGAAAGGAGCCCCAGAGAGGAUUUUGGACCGCUGCUCCACCAUCAUGCUCCAGGGCAAAGUGCAACCUCUGGAUGACGAGAUGAAAGACGCUUUCCAGAACGCGUACCUUGAGCUGGGAGGUCUGGGAGAGAGAGUGCUGGGAUUCUGCCACUUCGACCUGCCUGAUGACCAGUUCCCAGAAGGCUUUGCUUUUGACACUGAGGAGGUGAACUUCCCCACUGAGAACCUGUGCUUCAUCGGCCUCAUGUCCAUGAUCGACCCUCCUCGUGCUGCUGUGCCCGACGCUGUAGGCAAAUGCAGGAGCGCUGGAAUCAAGGUCAUCAUGGUGACAGGUGAUCAUCCAAUCACAGCUAAGGCCAUCGCCAAGGGUGUGGGUAUCAUCUCUGAAGGCAACGAGACAGUCGAGGACAUCGCUGCACGUCUGAACAUCCCAAUCAACGAAGUCAACCCACGAGAUGCCAAGGCCUGUGUAGUCCACGGCGGAGACCUCAAAGAUCUGAGCGCGGAGCAGCUCGACGACAUCCUGAAGUACCACACUGAGAUCGUCUUCGCCCGAACCUCCCCUCAGCAGAAACUGAUCAUCGUGGAGGGCUGCCAGAGACAGGGAGCUAUCGUGGCUGUAACAGGUGACGGUGUGAACGACUCUCCUGCUCUGAAGAAGGCUGACAUCGGUGUUGCCAUGGGUAUCGCUGGGUCUGACGUGUCCAAGCAGGCGGCUGACAUGAUCCUGCUGGACGACAACUUCGCCUCCAUCGUCACCGGAGUGGAAGAAGGCCGUCUCAUCUUUGACAACUUGAAGAAAUCCAUCGCCUACACUCUGACCAGUAACAUCCCUGAGAUCACCCCCUUCCUCCUCUUCAUCAUCGCCAACAUCCCACUGCCUCUGGGAACCGUCACCAUCCUGUGUAUCGACCUGGGAACUGACAUGGUCCCCGCCAUCUCCCUGGCUUACGAAGCAGCCGAGAGCGACAUCAUGAAGAGACAGCCCAGAAACCCUAAAACAGACAAACUGGUGAACGAGAGGCUCAUCAGCAUAGCCUACGGACAGAUCGGUAUGAUCCAGGCUCUUGCAGGCUUCUUCACCUAUUUUGUCAUCUUGGCUGAAAACGGCUUCCUGCCCUCCACCCUCAUCGGCAUCAGAGUAUCCUGGGACAACAAAUACUGCAACGAUCUGGAGGACAGCUACGGACAGCAAUGGACCUACGAGCAGAGGAAGAUUGUAGAGUUCACCUGCCACACAGCCUUCUUCGUCAGCAUCGUCAUCGUGCAGUGGGCUGAUCUGAUCAUCUGUAAGACCAGGAGGAACUCCGUCUUCCAGCAGGGCAUGAAGAACAAGAUCCUGAUCUUCGGCCUGUUUGAGGAGACCGCCCUCGCUGCCUUCCUGUCUUACUGCCCGGGAAUGGACGUCGCCCUCAGAAUGUAUCCUCUCAAGCCCAACUGGUGGUUCUGCGCCUUCCCUUACUCCCUGCUCAUCUUUAUCUAUGAUGAAAUCCGUAAGCUGAUCCUCAGACGCAGCCCAGGAGGAUGGGUGGAACGAGAGACCUACUAUUAAACCGUCAGUCCAGUCAGCUCGCAUCUUCUCCUCCACUCCCGUCUUUGCAUGAAUAUUGUCUUGCUGCUCGGAAUAAAAAUUUUAACCUCCUGUGGAAAAAAAAAAAGAAAACUAUUGGAACGUGUUUUUAUAUUAGGGAAUGCUUGAUACUACUAUUAGACAAAUCCUGAGAUGGAACGUGCUGAUGAUGAUGUUGAUAAAUGAUAAUGCUAAUAAUGACAUGAACACUGAACAAUGACAUGACUAUGCGUGCCUUGUUUCUGAAACAGGACCAAUUUUAUACAUGUUUUUAACAGUUAUAAACGUUCAAUAAAAAUGCGCUCGAGUCAGGUCCCA